AUGCCCAUCUCUAUCCCUCUUCCUUCUCUCGUGGCCACCGCCACAGGCAUCACUGGCUCAGCCUAUGCAUCCGGUUUCAUUGCCUCUAUUUCACUUGCUGGCAUCCUAGCUGCUCUGCAACUACCAGGGCCCCCUGGUGUUUCCGUUUGGCAGGUUCUCUUCAACCGUGGAUUCGCUCUCAUGCCCAAAUUUGCCGGAACAACAGCAAUCGCCUAUCUAUACGCCGCAUAUACAGCUGACCAGCAAGGCCGUAACUGGAAGGGACUAGCUGCCAGUGCUGCUUUGACGGUCUCCAUCGUUCCCUUCACCACUAUCUUCAUGAGUUCAACAAACGACCUUUUGUUCAAGGCGUCUGCUGGAACCUUGGAUGCUUCACAGGAGGACGUGGCUACGCUGAUCAGAAGAUGGGGAGUUUUGAACCUGGUUCGAAGUCUGCUUCCUCUUGCUGGAGCGGCCCUGGGUUUCUCAACUCUGUUCAGGGAAGAAUGA